ACAAUAACAUCAGGUUAUUUAUCGUUUUGCCUUUUAAAAGGCACUUUAGAUCGGUCGUCCAGGCGUUCGUAAGAAGAUUUCCUAGGUUGAUAUUGCGACAGAGCCUAUGGUUGUUUAUAUUUUGCCUAAAACUGUCAAGAGAUUGAACUUCAAAAGUGAAAAUCCUUAUCGGCCGCAGACCUCUCCAGGAUGAUAACCUUGACCUACUUUAGACCGGUUUGGAAUCUUGGACGGCAGUAUUCGAGAACGUUUGCAAGCAAAAUGGCAACUGAUGCAAAGCGUGCUAAACUCUCAGAUGAUGAGAGGCUGGGAAAGUUAAAGCCAUUGAAGGAAGCUGGAUGGACAAUGGUGGAGGGAAGGGAUGCAAUUUACAAAGAAUACCUUUUCAAGAAUUUCAAUCAGGCAUUUGGUUUUAUGACUCGCACAGCCAUGUUAGCAGAGAAGAUGGACCACCACCCUGAAUGGUUCAAUGUCUACAACAAGGUUCAGGUGACUCUCAGUACCCAUGACUGCGGUGGUUUGUCCGAUAAGGAUGUCCGGAUGGCAACAUUUAUGGAAACAGCAGCAGCGGCCGUGCAGUAGAUUCUGGGGGAGUCUUCCAGAGAUGAUGUCUCAGUAUUUGAAAUAUUUGAAUGAUACAGGGGAGAAAAACAACAACUAAAGGUGUUGCAAGUUUUGUCCAAUUGGACAUGGAUGAAGUCAGAAUACUUCCAAGGCUCAGUUCUUUGAAACAGCUGGCUGGAAGUGAUUUGAAAGAGUAGAACUUUCUGCUAUGACUGGCUAAAUUUUCUCAGAGUCUCACACUUACCACAAUUAUUUGUAAGCUAGCUUUUAUUGGCUGGUAUCUAGAUCUUAUAAUUUUUACCCGUAUGCAUUUAUAAAUCAUGUCCAGGUCAUCGACAGUUAGUUUCAAGUUAAAGCCAAUAAUACUUUUCUCAUAAAGCUUAUACUUCAAAGUUCUGCAAACAUGGUUUAAUCAGACCUAGUCUUCUAUUUUCAAAUACUGUGUCAUCAAAUCUUUCUACAAUUCCAUAAUGUGUGAUUUCUAGUCGAAAUGCACAACUGCGGCACAUAGAUGUGCUGAUUAUUACAAGUAAUUUUGAUAUUAGUCGUAGUUCCACCUAUCAUAAAACCCCCGUGUUUUUUCAAGACCCGUGUCUUCGCCGUGUGUCAAAAAACCCGGGGCGCACUUACACCUAUCAGUGGUGUUAGAUAAUGGUUAAUAGCCCCGGCGACAGGUGCGCUGUAGGUAGGGAGCUCUUCUGUGUUUCUUUCCCGUUUGAGGGGAAUUUUGCGUGCCCAAUACCGAGGCAACUACACCGCGCCAUCUGUCGCCGGGUCUUAGAACUUGCAAUUGCCGGGGCUAUUCAGAUUCCGCCUAUCAAAAAACCCGUGUUGAACACGGGUCUAAAUUAGCCCCCGAUUAGCCCCAUCGAGCUCGAUGGGGCUAAUAGGCACGGGGAUUUGACACACGGGUCUAUUUAGACACGGCAAUUCAUAGGUGUAAGCGCAAAAGACACGGGGAUUUGAUAGGUGGAAGUACGACUAUAGUUUUAAUCUUUUGUUAGUGUUCUUUAGAAGGUGCAUCCUAAGUUGAAGAGUCGGUAAAUCGCCUUUGAAAUGGUUUGAAAUACUGUCUGCCUGUGAGACACUAGGCAAGAUCAAUCACAGCUGACCAAAUCGGUUGAUGAAGGGGUAAACAUUUUGGCACCAAAAAUAUGCCUUUGUCUGUCGAUUACAUUCUCACCAUUGGCAUUGAACUGAUUUUACAGUUAAAAUUAGAUUAUGCUAGCCACUGUGUCACAACACCACCAUGAUUAUAUAUUUUAGUGUCUUGGCUAGUCCUGCCUUAGGGAAAUGUCCAGGCAGAUCUGUAUGAUGAGUGUAAGAGCUCUUGGCGAAUUAUUUACCGCUGUGAAAAUCAUGUUACAUCCAGAUCUAUGUUCACAAAUGGUACGUGGGCUCAAAAGAACCUGUGUCCAUCGUGGCAAUUGCCACAGAGAGAAGUCGGUUUGCCACAUAUAAAGGUCACAAAACUUCAAUUGUAAAUCCAUGGAUGUUUGUGAAAGUCCAGAAAUGGCCACUGAAGUCAUCAUGUUGCAUUUUUUACAAAAGUUAUGUGAUAACUUUCGAAAUCAAUCUUUAAAUCUUGAUGACCUGCCAGAGCAAACAUGGCAAUGAAAAAGUUCAAAUCAUCCCCUGGGGUCCCCCACCCACUUGUACUCACAUGUGUACAAAAUGGACAACAAAUUUUCAAAUGCCAUCCCCUUUUGUUGCUUACAUUCGAUAUUGACAGCCCCUAUGUUGGUGUGAUAACUGUUAAGCUUAAUCUUAUUGUGUUACUCAGCAAUAUUGUUGCCCAAAAUCUUCCAACUUUUCAAAUUAUAUCACUCUGAUACAUUCCAUGACAAGUAGGAGUUUUAAUUUAAACUCGGUACCAAAGUCUGUCGUAAAAUAGUUGUCCUGUAAGGAGCUCUAGAGCAGAUGCCAUGCUGAUGAGUUACACCAUCUCCUCAAAGGUAAAGGAGGUCAAAUCCAUUCAAGAGUGCUCUGCACCAAGUUUGGAAUCAUUUGACAGCAUUUAUAGGGCAGACGAGGUGUAAUAUACAUUGUAUGUUAUCCGUAUAUAUUUAGGAACGUGUUGUCAAAAACUCAAAUAAAGGCACAACAACUUACAUUAUUUUGAAA